UUAUCGUAGGCCAACGACAAUGAUCUAUAAUAUGAUAAUAAACUUGUAGGAAAUAUUAACCAGUAAACCAGAAAAAAUUAAAAUUCAAUAUUUAGUAUUUUUCCUGAAAUUCCAAGAAUUAGAUUGUUAUAUGCAAUUAUUAUUCUUUGAAAUUUAAUUUUAAGAUGACUGAUAUUUCAGCUUGGUAUAAAUCUCUACCAUUUUUCACAAAAUGGUGGCUUACAUUGACUGCAGCUUUUACAUUGGCAGGGCGUUUUGGAAUAAUUUCACCUUAUCAUUUUGUCCUUAUAUACGAACCAUUUAUAAAAAAAUUUCAAAUUUGGAGGCCUAUAACAGCGUUGUUAAUGUAUCCAUUAUCACCUGGAAAUGGAUUCCACUUCUUAGUUAAUUGUUAUUUUUUGUACAGUUAUUCAUUGAGAUUAGAAACAGAUUCCUUCGAAGGAAGACCAGCUGAUUACUGUUUUAUGCUAUUGUUCAACUGGCUUUGUUGUGUUAUUAUAGGUCUAUUAGCUGAAAUAAUGGUAUUAAUGGAUCCUAUGGUUUUAAGUGUGCUUUAUGUGUGGUGUCAAUUAAAUAAAGAUGUUAUAGUAAGCUUUUGGUUUGGUACUCGAUUUAAAGCUAUGUAUUUGCCUUGGGUAUUAUUUGGAUUUAACUUUGUUAUAUCUGGAGGUGGAUUACAAGAGUUAGUUGGCAUUAUUGUUGGCCACAUAUAUUUUUUCCUCAUGUUUAAGUACCCACAAGAAAUGGGCGGACCUCAACUAAUUCAAACACCUCAGAUAUUGUACAAGUUUUUCCCAAAUCAAAGAACAAUUCAUACUUUUGGUCAACCACCCACAAGAACAGCACCAGUAAAUCAACCUCGUCCACAAGGUGAAGAUCGAGGACCUUAUCAGCGUCACAACUGGGGUAGAGGCAAUGUUUUAGGAGGGCAAUAAAGUUAAACAAGUCUGAACUAACAUAAUUUUGUCUUAAAAAUUUCUUUUGUCUAUUAUAAUUUGUAUAAAAAGAAAUGUGAUGUUUUUUAUUUUCAAAUUUUGUUUAUAAACCAUAAACUUAUUGAAUCAUUAGAAAUUACUUUAAUGAGUCAAAACUGUAGUUUUGGAACACAGGUAUUAUUUAUAUUAUUUGUUAUAGUUAAUGAUUUCUCAUUCUAGAAUAAUUAUUGACAAAUUAAGUUAUAUGUAAUAAGGGUUGCUGAACAAGCUAAAUCUAUUGAAUUUUUAUAAUAAAUUACAGUGAUCUUAAUUAAACGUUUAAACAAACUAUUCUUAUGUUUUAUACUUUCUAUGUAUAUUUAAUAAAUAAGCAAAUUUUUAUUUUUAA